AUCAAGAUUGAAAUUUGUAAGCACCCCUGUAAAAAUCAAGGCCUCAUUUGGUUAGAUUGAUAGGAUUGUGAUGGACAGAACUUAGAAGGGGACGGAAUUCAUAUCAUGCACAACGCCACGAAUCUAACGAUGCCCAAAUAAUAACACUGAAGUUGCGUCAGUUUAAAACAGGUUCCACUUCAGUCUGUUGAUUCAAUACUCUCGUCUCACUCCAUAUUGUGCAUCAGAAACACAAGAUUUUAACACAAGAAAGCAUAUAUAUCAGGAUUGCAAGACAACAAAAUCUACUGUAUUUGAUCUCGGUACUUCUGCAAGCUUUUAACAGUACUCCAAUGGCGAAUGCCUCCUGUUCACACUGGUGGCAUGCCCCAUUAUACUUGGCCAUGUCUAUUACCCUCGCAUUCAUAGCCAUCACAACCACAAAAGAAUCCACGCCUGAUGACGCUCUCCCAUCGGGCCACCAUCUGGCAUUCAACGCCUCCAGGGCCCUCCGCCUUCACGGCGGCUUCCACAUAACCGCCACCCUCCUCCAAAUCUCCCCGGAACUCUUUUUCUCCGGGCCCGAAUCCACCAUCUUCGCUAUCCAAGAUUCUGCCAUUUCCAAUCUUUCCAUCCCGCCGUGGGCCAUGCGGCAGCUCGUCCGCUUCCACGCCACCCCUUCCGCCCUUCCCAUGGCGGAGCUCUUCAAGAAACCACCUGGGUUUUGUAUGAACACUCUCGUGGGCGACAAGAACUUGGUGAUCACCAAGAACGAUGCGGGAACGGGCUCGGUCAUGAUCAACAAUGUGUUGGUUUCACAGCCCGAUUUGUUUCUUGAAGGCCGCGUUUCAGUCCACGGUGUUCUCGGGCCAUUCGACAUGAUCCUGUCUCCACCUUGUGGAUUUUCCAAUCGGAGUAGCAUUCUUGUCUCCAAUGCCACUGAUCAGGCGGUUGAAUGGAGGAAGAUAGUGAGAUUGCUCAACUCAAAUGGAUUUGUUUCUUUUGCAAUUGGAUUGAACUCAGCUCUAGACGUGAUUCUUCAAGAAUAUCAUAAUUUGGGUUCUGUUACCAUCUUUGCUCCCCCAAAUUCGGGCUUCAUCUCGUCCCCGUCGCCAUUUUUGGACAGAAUCGUUAGGUUUCAUAUUCUGCCUCAGAGGUUUACAUACAUAGAGUUGGCUGCAGCCGAAAAAUCAUCUCUGAGGACUUUGAUUCCAGGUUAUGAUCUGAAAAUUGAGAAAUUUUCGCAAGCUCUGUCUGUUAAUGGAGUGGAAAUUACUGUGCCCGAUGUGUCUUCCUCCAAGAAUUUUGUGAUUCAUGGAAUUUCCAGGGAUUUUGAUGUGGAUGAGCUUUUCAGUUCUUCCAAAUAGGUUUCUUGCAUUUCUUUGAUGGAAUGGAUAUUGUUCUAUCUUUCAGUUUGUACUUUGGGCUGCAAACAGGAAAGAUCUUACUGAUGUUUUUUCCUUUGGUUCAAGUGAUGAAGAAGUAAAGAAUAUUUCAUUAGUUCAAAUGGUUGAUUUUCUUUGUGUAAAAUGGGUGAAUUCUGUACCGCAUUAGAUUGGGCUGAAAACAAGACUAGAACGAACUCAAGAUUCACCCAAUGGACCAGUUAAUACAAGAAGGAGGAUUAUUUG